GAAGAAGAAGAAGAAGAAGAAGAAGAAGAAGAAGAAUGUAGUGCAUCCGCUGGAGGAGAAUAUUUCACAUUUCCUUCGUUGUGGUGUAGCGAAUGAAAGGCGAAACGUUCUGCGUUUAUUGUUUGUAAUUAUUGUUAUUAUUAUAGUAUUCAGAGACGUUAUUUUAACGCUCGCAUCGCCUUUCAAAUCAUCUCCUGCGAUGAACUAUACUGACAGUGACUCUGAUGGGUAUUUGUCCAGUGAGGAUGCAGAUUACGUUCCAUCAGAUAAUAACGUCAGCGAGGAUGACAUCAAUGAGUGUGAAAAGGAAGACCCUUUGGAUGAAAAUGAUAGCGUGCCACUUCCUGACAGCAUGGCCAAGAGGAAGAAGGUCAAGAAAAAAAACAGCAGUUUGAGAAAGAGACCAAAACGUGUGGUUAAAGUAGACAAAGAGGAGAAGAAUGGUGAUGGUACCGAAGAUGUGGAAAAACUGGCACAAGUACAGAAUGAUGAGAAAGGUGCACAAAAGAAACAAUCCGAUGACCUCUGGGCUCGUUUCUUGUCUGAUGUUGCCCCCAGACCGAAAGCAUCGAUGGCUGGGUCACCAUCUCACACCACACCGGAGGCUAAUCCUUCUGCUUCUAAUGUUUGUAUGAGAACUGAAUCACAGGAAUCGGAUACAGCAAAAGUCACCAUCGUGAAAGUUUUUGAUUUCGCGGGAGAAGAAGUCAGAGUCAAUAAAGAAGUAUCAGCAGACUCCAGAGAAGCAAAGAUCCAUUUCAAGAGCCAGUGUACACAAGAGAAGACAGGCGAAGAAAGUCCCACAUCUUCCAACCAAUCAAGCUGUCCUGGCCCCAGUUCCAAACGCCCAGCAGGCAUGUCCAGUUUACUGAGUCGUAUUGGGGGAAAGAAACAAAAAAUGAGCACGCUGGAGAAGUCAAAGAUGGACUGGGAUGCUUUUAAAUAUGAGGAGGGUAUCACUGAGGAGCUGGCAAUACACAACAGGGGAAGAGAAGGGUAUGUGGAACGGAAGAACUUCUUGGAGCGUGUUGAUCACAGACAGUUUGAGAUGGAGAAAGCAGUGCGUCUAAAAAACAUGAAGUAUUCCUCAUAAAACGCGACUGUCAUAUUUCCUCGGUAAAGUGAGUUCCAAUGCUUCUUUGUCUCAAGUAUAUUUCAUUAUUCGAAUAAUAAUUGUCCGAGUUUGUAAUAAAUGUGAUAUCAAGGCCAAGUUUUUCUCUCUGUAUUAUAAACUUUACUCAUUGAAGGUGACAGCCUUUUUUUGGCAGUGAACAUAAUCUGGUUUACAGCCAUGGAAAACCGACGAGCAGAAUUUCAGGUCAACCCUUCUGCUAUUUUAUGCUGUGAUUAAUUACCGGUAUGUUUCUCGGUGAUUAUUUCUGUGUUUGAAAUAACACUGACUAUUUUAUCCAACUUUAACUUCCUGUGUACCCUCCGCCUCCGACAAUUGUGAAUAAAGCAGCAUGUGGGCUAAAAGGUC